CCUUCUUUGAUUCACUGGCAAGCCAGCACGCGCCCUGACAGCCGGAAUCCCAUCCAAGCUAACCAACGUGAAAAUUCCUGUUGCAAUAUCUUCGUUUGAGAUUUCGGUUAAUUUCAUAAAGAUUUUAGAGCUAUGGAGGAAUGGUCAGUGUGUCGAUUGUGCCUCCAAUCCCGAGAUGAACCCCUCAAAUACAUCUCCGGAACACUGCACAAUACCCUCCCGUACCGCAGUAUCUACUUCACUGUAACUGGAAUUGCAUUGACGGAUUACAAGUCAUUCCCAACACAAAUUUGCCGAAUUUGCGAAGAAAAUAUGAUCAGUGCCUAUUCCUUCAGGCAACAGUGCCUAGAGACAGAGGAAAAACUGAAGGAGUUAAAUUCGAUCAAUGAAGAAGUUCCUCCAGACAUGGACGCCAUGUCCGAAGAGAAGUCCAACAGAGAUCCAUUUGAAGAUAUAAAUAAUGAGGACAACCAGCAAGAGGAGAAGGAAAAGAAAAUCCUCUGCAAGAGGUGUAAGAUUGUCUUUAAAGGCCUGGAAAAUUUCAAGAUGCACAAAUGCAAGAAGGAGCGCGAAAUAAAGCCCUUUCAGCCAAAGAGUGUGACCAAGGAGUGCCCUAUUUGUGGCAAAAUGCUCAAAUCAAGUCACUUUACAUCUCAUAUGGACUUCCACAAUGGCAUCAAGAGGUACAGCUGCCAGUACUGCACUGAGAAGUUUUAUUGGUGGACAGCACGCAGGACGCACAUCUACAAGGAGCAUCUCAAACGGAAGGUCUGCAAGUGUCCCCACUGCCCCAGAGAAUUCUAUAUUGCCGGUCAGAUGAAUGUCCACAUACAGCAGAAGCACUCGACAAAACUCAACUUCCAAUGCGAACUCUGUGGGAAAGCCUUCAAGAUCAAGUACAAUCUCAAGUGCCACAUGAAGACUCACAUGGAUGGAGGGCAGUGCAAGGUUUGCGGAUUGACGUGCAGUACUCUCCUGGCACUGAAGAACCACACAGCCCUGCACAACAAACCUGUCAAAUACAAUUGUCCAAUUUGUUCUAAAAGCCUCAUCACAUUCAGUCUCCUCCAGAAUCACUUCAAGUUCAGACAUCCCAAACAGAAGCACCUACUACCCCCGCAUCCGUAUACCAGGCCUAGGAUCGAAUCAAACUAAUAGAAAAACUUGAAUAAAAAAAAAUCUGCAAAAUAUUGUCCAAUUUAAUAAAAAAUAAGUUGAACAGCAAAUAAAAA